CGCAACAUUGAACAUAACCUAUACUGACUGACAUUCAACGCAGUUCAUUUGUAAUCUUCGCUGUUGAACAUACACAAACUCUCCAAAAUGUCCCUUGGAAAAACAAUUUACAAUUCCAUUUUCAAGAGGUCUUCCACCUUCACUCUGGCUUUCAUUGCGUCGGCCUUUAUUUUCGAGAGAACGCUGGAUUCGGCCUGUGACACCAUAUUUGACAAUAUCAAUAAAGGGAAAUUAUGGAAGGACAUCAAGGACAACUACACCCAGUAAUAUACUUAGCUCAUCUCAUAUAGUAUAACUUAUUCUGAAUGUUAACGCAGUUUAUAAAUAAAAAAUUCUAAAACA